UUUUUUUUUUAAAUUUUUGUAUAAAAAUUUUUUUGGUGAGCAUUUAUGUGGGAGUCUUGUCCGUCUUCCGCCGAGCGUUAUUUCAUCUCCUCUCAGUCUCAGGACGACUCCUUCCUGUGCCUUCUCUCUCGACACUUUUGGCACGGUUUUCAAGACAAAAACUAGCAGGCACCUGUAUCGGAAGGAAUAUGAGUUUUACUGGCCCUUCUGCGGGUGCUAGUGGUAGAACUGUUACAAGGGCCUUUAAUUUUGGAAGGACUUAUGUUGUCAGGCCAAAAGGCAAACACCAGGCAACAAUAGUUUGGCUGCACGGUCUUGGAGAUAAUGGCUCUAGCUGGUCAACUCUGUUGGAGUCACUUCCUCUUCCAAAUAUUAAAUGGAUCUGCCCUUCUGCCCCACAGCAGCCAAUAACUCUUUUUGGGGGCUUUCCUUCAACGGCCUGGUUUGACGUCAAUGACCUUUCUGAAAAUACUAAAGAUGAUGUGGAGGGCUUGGAUGCUGCAGCAGCAUAUGUUGCAAGUUUAUUGGCUACUGAACCUCCUGAGAUCAAACUUGGGGUUGGAGGCUUCAGCAUGGGUGCAGCAACAGCCCUCUACUCUGCAACUUGCUUUGCCCAAAGCAAAUAUGAAAAUGGAAAUCCGUAUGCAGUGAAUUUGAGUGCUGUUGUUGGAUUGAGUGGAUGGCUCCCGUGUGCAAAGUUGCUGAGCAAGAGAAUAGAAGGGUUGCAAGAGGCUGCAAACCGUGCUGCAUCCUUGCCUAUUCUACUGUGUCAUGGCAGAGGAGAUGAUGUCGUUCCAUUUAAAUUUGGUGAGAAGUCUUUACAGACAUUGAUUUCAUCUGGAUUUCGAGAUGUGACAUUCAAAGCCUACAGUGGACUUGGCCACUACACUAUCCCAGAGGAGAUGGAUGAAGUGGGUGCAUGGCUGACCUCAAAAUUGGGGCUCGAGGGGAAACUAUGAAUUUCGGAGGAACAAUUUGGUGAUGUAGCUCCUGCUUCUUGUGGAUCAUUAUUAAUUUAGAGAUUGACAAUUAUGUUAAAUAUUUGAUAUAUGCACAGCUUGUCGAGAGACUUGAGAGUGGCCAUUAUUGACUGCCGUUCAGUCUUAAACUCUAGUUGUCCUAUGCUGAGUUGUUUUGUUCCACAAUUUGCUCCGCAAUGCAAUGCUCCUUUGUUACCGUCCCACCAUCGCUGUUGGACGACCUAUCAGGUCGCAUCAUUUAAUUUUUCUGACCUUGUUUUCCAAGGACACAACAA